GCAUAAGUUGCCAUCUCUAGAUUUCUGGCCAUCUCAAUUGAAACGUGUGAAAUAUGGAACAAAACGCGAAGCCUAAACGAUCUUUUAAGCGUCCGUUUACCUUUCCAAAGAACUGUGUUUACCGCCCUCUACGGCAGAUAAGCAACAUGGAGCGUAGCCAAAAGCUGUCCGCCGAACAACCAACCUACUUCACGCUCAAUGCACCGCCCUCGUUGGUUCCGGCCAAAAAGUACUCGGAUAUCAGCGGUCUGCCCGCUCCUUAUGCCGAUCCGCACACGAAACUAAGGUUCGCCAGCGCCGACGAGUACGCGUCCAUGCAGCACAUGCCCUCGGACAUCGUCAAUGGCUAUCUCAUGGUGCGCGGCUAUACGAGCGCCGUGGGAUAGUUCGUUCGAUCCAUAUGGUGCAUACAUCCCAUGUACUCGCUGUAUUUCGCCCCUGGAGACCUUGCGAUCCAACUACCACUCAUAAUAGGCAAUUAGAGCGCUGCUGACCUUACUCUUACUGGCAUUGCGUGCGAGGCUGUUGCUUUCAAGUGAUUCGAUGACUGUUUCCUGGCUGGAAAACCGCGUUCAAGGGAAGUUACAUCCACAAUUACCAUAUAUAUGCAUUCGCUGCCUAAAAGGAGAUGAUCUCUGUAAAUUGGCUAUAGAGAUUUGUCACUAGUUUGACCGCAACAAUAGAUUAGGUAAUUCCAAGGUGAGAUGAAUACCUUGGCGGUUUGAAAUUGUUUAAAUUGACAAAACGGCUGCCACAUAGAUCCUAAUGCGAAAAGCAAAUAUUUAUACAGCCGACUCGUGCAAGUUUGGAGUUCGCAAUGAAAGGCCCACAGAUUAAUAUAGUGUUAGGUUAACCAGCUAUACAAAAUUCAGCAUGAAGGCAAAGU